AUGAUCAGGCAAGAGGUGCUGCACGCGGUCCUGGACCCCAAGGCUGUGCACUUCAAACAGUUUUGGCUCAGCAGUGUGGAUCGUGACGAGUCGGAGCUUCUAGAAGUGCUAUGUUUCGGAAAUUACGGGGACCUCAACGCGAUCCAAAGUUGCGAGGAGUGGAAAGACGCCAUAGAAAGUAAGCUUCGCACGUUAACUCUCCUGGGCCUCUGUGAGGUGCCCUCGGAACUGGAAUACGACCAGGCAAUGGCAUCCUGUUGCAUUCCGGACGAUGUCAUUCUCGAACAACGCAUGGUUGAACUUCAGGCUCAGGUCCAUUUCCAGCUUGAUUCCGUGGGGCGUAGAAUCAAGGUCCUCCGGUGCCUUGGCGCCCGCGACAUUUAUAACGGAGAGCGGCCGCUGCUGCUCCUGAGGGACGCCGCGCGGUCCCGCGAGAGUACGCUGGCUGGACUCCGACAGUGGAAACAGAAGCUUCAAUACCAGUUGCGCUGA